GGAACGUCAGCUGAUCACCAAAACAAACCUUUACAUCAAAACAUUCCUAGAAAUCAACAGCUGAAGAGGAAUAUAGGUAAAAUAUUUGAUUAUAGUUGAACGUUGAAGGCCGUAUUGUCGCAUUCUUCACAGAUAUUUUUUUGCAGCCUAAGGAUGGGCAUUUUCUUGUCAUGCUGCGGUGGAGGCGGGUCCUCUAGCUACCAUGAUAUGGACAGUGAUCUUGAUGCUGAAACACGUCGACGGCAGAUGGCUGAAGCUGCAGAAAACCGCCUUAAGGCUCAGGAAGGUCGUGGGAUUAGAGACCCAGCAGCACUCAAACAACGACAAAAGCGAAUGGAAGAAAUCGAACGAAAACAAGAAAUGGCAGGAGGCAACGAUGGUGGACUUCGGUGGCAAGUUGGCUAACAGUACAGAACUCAUGUAGAAGGAGAGCCUCUGAUACCUAGACUAAGAAAUAUCUCACUAGCCUGUGUUCAAGAUUUACUUGUAUUUUAUCUUCAAGGAUGGAAAAUAGCCUUAUAUUUGCCAAAUUUUGAUUUAAUGAAUCUCUUCCUAGGGUUUGCAUUCCCCUAUCCCUGUUGCAUUGGCAUAUCAUGGAAUCUGAUCCAAUUGCCCAUUUAACAUAGUUGUCAUGAAUGUAUCUUUAUGCCUGAUACUUCUUCAAACACUAAUUUUAUAUGGUCCCCUAUUUUUUUGCCAUGAAGUUGACCUGAAGAAAUGGGGUGUGCUGUAAGUUAUAUCAAUGUGACACUGUGUUUGUUGUAUGAUCAUAGAUGUCAUAGUCCAUAGAUUUUGUCAACCACAUCUGUUAUAUUUCCAGACAUUGUAUUUUUUUUGGAAUACAUUCGUCUUAGACAAGUUAUUAAAGCCUGUUUGUGGUAUGUACAAUUUCUCAUAUGUCAACUUGAUGGUGGCUUUAUGACUGUCUUGGUACAGAUAUUGCCCACACAGUAAGAACCUUGUAAAUAAUGUUAACAGUUGAAGAAAUCAAAGAAACAUAUAGAGAUAUAAAGAAUGUCACACAAAGUUGAAGUCAGGAUUCAGUUAGUCAGUUUCUGAUUUACAAUUUGCUUGAACUGCUAUAUUGAUGUUCAUUUUUUAAAAAGUUGUGAUGUCUCAUUCAUUGAGAGGUGAUUACUGCUGCAAAAUAUGAGAGCUGAUUUGUCCGCUGUCUUUUCUGAGCAGCUGCAGUAUAUGAAAAAUGUACCAAAAGCACGUGUGGCUGUCAGAUAAUGGUUGAGAAAUAGAAACUUACUCAAAUCACACACAAAAUGAAGUGGAUGAUAUUGGCAGAAUAUACCUCCUUAGACGACAUUAGAAGUUUUAGUUAUGAGAGAACAGAGAUCACUAUGGUAGUUAUUCAUUGUGCAAUUAUAUACAGACACAGUUAGGUAAAGAUACAGAUUUUUUAACCCCUAAAGGACAAUAUAAAGUAAUUUUUUUUACUCAAGUAUGAAUGAUACACAAGAUGAAUGUCGGUAAAAGUAAUUUUUCCUGUCGAUUUCUUCAUUCAUUUACUUCAGAAUUUUGAAUCUCACUUUAACACUUUUUCAAUUAUGAGGGCAUAUGUAGCUUUGAACUUUUCCGUCCUUUAAGGGUUAUAUUAAAGAUUUUGUGUAUGAGAGUACUGUAGUGUUCAGUCAAAUUAUAUGUCUUUCUGUAGUAAGUUACAUAUACAUAUACAUCUCAAAAACUCCAUUGCACCUAUGUAUUAAUGUUUUGCUGUGUUCAUGAUAUAUAAGAUUAUUUGAUCUCUUAAAAAAAUGUUUGUAAAUUCAUGGAUAAAAGUGCAUCAGUAAUUCCUUGUGAAAGACAAGUCUGAUAAUGUAAAGGAGGGUUAGUAGUAGCAAGUAAUAGGUCAGUAGAUUAUUUGUAGAUUAGUAGUAGCAAGCACAAAAAAAUGAUGGGAGGAGCAGCAGCUUCAGGUUAUCUACUAUCAUAUGUGUUGAAAUCAUCCUUUACAGUAGUCCAUCUUCAACACUUUCCUACUUUUUUUUAAUGAGCAGUAUCAAUACUUUCAGGUGUAUUGAAAUGGGACUGAUUUUAUUUUUAUUAUUAUUUUUUUCUCUCUCUGUAAGCUAAGUGAUAUAACAUACUGAUCUGAUUCUAAGACAGAAAGAAUUUAGGAAUAUAAAUGACUGUAUGUGGAUCAUCAUUGUGUUUUGGAAGGUGAGACAACUAAAAUUUUGAGUGUUAGUAAUGAAAUAAAUUGCAAGAAAAUGAGAGAUGUUGAAACUAGUAGUUAAAAGAUAUAUUUAAUAUCUUUUCAUCAUCAUUUCAUAAGCUCUCUUGAUUUAUACUAAGUAAAAUUGGGUAUUUAUGUAUUAAUUUAUUCAUUCUAAGCUGCAAAAUAGUCAAAUAUUAUGGGAAUUGAUCUCCAAGUUGGAAUAUGCAAUUAGGUACAGAUAAAAGGAGGGAAAUAUGUUAUUUAAUGUUAAAUGGUGGAAACCAAGAAGAGAUUUGAUUUAAAAUAAAAUAAACAGAUAAAGGGGGAAAAUGCGAGAAACCAAGAGAUUACAUUAAAAAAGAGAGUCAAGCACAUUUCUUUGUUUAAAAUAUUAACCAUUAUCCAUUAAAAACAGGAACUCCUUAUUUGCAGUUUCACAAGUAGAUAAUUAGUGUCAGAGUCAGAACAUUAAUUUCAGUGUUAGCCUUGCCCAUUUUACAUGAUUUGACUUGCACUUGCCAAGAAUUUUCAAACAGGUGUAUAUUUGUCUGUGCACAUAUUUGUGUAAAAAGGUUUAAUGAUUACAGAAAGUGUCAAAUUUGCCCAUUUUUGAAGGGAAAUGUAAGCAAAACUAUAUUACAUUGCAGGUCAUACAAACAUAGACAGUUAUUCAUGCAAGCAAAAUGCCAAAGAACAAAGAAUUUUGCAAAUAGUAUUUUGUAUUUUUAUAUAGUUAACAGAUAUUUUAUACUUUGAUUAUCACUUGAUUCUUAUGAAUCGGAACUUUGUAGAAACAUGUAUUUUAUAUACCUUUCUAUCUGUGCUAUUUUCAACACAGAAGCUUGUUAAUACAGCUCUUCUUUCCUCAAGUUUAUUUGUCUACAUGCUUUAUAUUUCUGGAUAUGCAGUUAGUAAUGUUGUUUGGUGUGAACAUAUAUCAAGUUAUGUUAUGGACUGUGUAAGACAGAAAUUGUUCAUGUUUUUUUUUGUUGCUGUUGAAGAAGCUGUAAAGAUGGCAUGGGUACUUAUUAAUAUAUCCUUGUUUCCUCAUCUUCCACCAAACAAAAUAUAUAAAAAAUACUAAAGCAUUUUCCAUUCUUGUUUUAAAAAGGAUGUAAUCAUUGAAGCUUUUAGUAAACUUGAAAAUGUUUUUCUGAUAUAAAAAUCAAGAGGAUCUGCUUAGGUGAAUAUAUGAUUAUAUACAUUUUGUGACAUAGAUCCAGUAAAAACAAAUUUGAUAUUUGGACAAAAUAUCUCAAUGCAUUGUAUGUUACUGUAUCAAUUAAACUGCCAAGCCUUCCUCAUAAUGUGGCAAAAUUCAUGUAAUACAGAGAUGUUUGUAGCAAAUAAGAAGUGUGCAUUAUAUAUUUUAAUUAUCCAUUCUAUAUAUAGUAAUCUGCAUCAUUCCUUUUUUCUCUUCACCCUCUACCAAAGAUCAUAUUCACCUGAAAUAAAGCAUGAAUUUUACUCUUCCAUUCAUCAUCCUUUCAUCCCUGUAUUCACUUAGCAUUGAUUUUGCUUUCGUUUUAUGGUUUGAAAUUGUGAUUUAAUAUCCUGUACUUAAACACAUUUUGCAAUCACAUACUGAAUCACACUCUCAGAUAAUGAUUCUCCUGCUGCCUUAUUAUAUGAAUUUUCAUUCCUUCUUCAUUGUAUUAUACAUUGUGAGAGACAAAAUAAAUUAUGUUACUCUGCAAA